UCCGGGCUGCUGCAAUGGAGGGGGGAGCUGGCAGGUGAUCAGGGCUGGCUGGAGGGGGUGGUUAGCGACUAAUACCUCCCCCUGGAGCGGCGCCACACGCGCUCCGGGCACCGCUGCCCGGGGGUGGCUGGGUCGGGGGAGGUCUGGCAAGGUGCGGGCUGCGCGGCAGCUCUCCCAGCGGCUCCGGCAGCGGGCUGGGCUCCGGCUGGCGGCGGCGGGUCCGGGUGUGAACCAGAGACACUCGCCGGGCGCCCACCUGCUGCCGCCGAGCCGCCAGCCCGGAGCCGCCCUGCGGCGGGCUGCCCCGCUCCCAGCCCUGCCUCUCGGGGAGCGCCCCGCCCCGGGCCCCCGGUGCCUCCGCUCCGCCACUAGCCCCCUUCCCCGGCGCCCGAGCCCGACCCCUGGCUGGGCUCCCCCGGCUCCGCUGCCCCCGUCCCCGGCUCCGCUGCGCCGCGCGGGCCAUGCCCUGGAUCCGGCGGGACCGGCUGCUCAUCCUGCUGCUGCUCGGGGCGCUGCUCAGCGCCGACCUCUACUUCCACCUCUGGCCCGAAGUGCGGCGGCAGCUGGCGGGGGCCGAGCCGGGCUGCCCCUGCCUCCGGGCGCCGCGCCCCGCGCUGCCCCCUUCGCCGGCGGCCGCCUCCCCGGGCGCCCGGGGCUCCAAGCUGCGGCGGCUCUUCGCUCACCCGCUCUACCGCGCCCCGGAGCAGCCGCCGCGGGGGCCGGAGGAGACGCUGCUCAGCCGGCAGGAGGCGGUGCGCUACUACCGCCGGAAGAUGGUCCGCUGGAACAGGAGACACAAGCUUUACAGAGAGGAGCUCAACCUAACAUCUCCUGACUCACUGCUGCAGCUCGGGCGGGAAGCAAGCUGGCUCCAGUUCCACCUGGGCAUCACUCGCUAUGGGCUGUAUCCCAGAUCCAGCCCUGCCACUAACAAACUCCUUCAUGACAUGCAAGAUUUUAACACUGUCAGUGCCGAUUACAGUCAGGAUGAGAAAGCUUUAUUAGGAGCUUGUGACUGCACCCAGAUUGUGAAGCCCAGCGGUGUCCACCUGAAACUAGUCCUGAGGUUCCAGGACUUUGGAAAAGCCAUGUUCAAACCCAUGAGACAGGAACGAGAGGAAGAGACUCCAGAAGAUUGUUUCUACUUCACUGACUUUCAGAGACACAAUGCGGAAAUAGCCGCCUUUCACCUUGACAGGAUCUUGGAUUUCCGACGGGUCCCGCCCACAAUCGGAAGACUGAUCAACGUCACCAAGGACAUCCUGGAGGUCACCAAGAAUGAAAUCCUACGGAGCGUCUUCUUCGUUUCACCCGCCAGCAACGUGUGUUUCUUUGCGAAAUGCCCGUACAUGUGCAAGACGGAGUACGCUGUGUGUGGGAACCCUCACCUGCUGGAGGGAUCCCUCUCCGCUUUCCUGCCGUCUCUCAAUCUGGCCCCGAGACUUUCCAUCCCAAACCCCUGGAUCCGGUCCUACUCGUUUGCUGGAAAAGAGGAGUGGGAAGUGAAUCCACUUUACUGCAACACAGUGAGGGAGAUUUACCCCUACAACAGCGGCAACCGGCUGCUCAAUAUCAUCGACAUGGCCAUAUUUGACUUCUUGAUCGGGAACAUGGACCGUCAUCACUAUGAAAUGUUCACUAAGUUUGGGGAUGAAGGCUUCCUCAUUCACCUGGACAAUGCCAGAGGCUUUGGAAGACAUUCCCAUGAUGAAACCUCCAUCCUGGCUCCACUCUCCCAGUGCUGCAUAAUAAAGAGGACAACAUUACUACACCUGCAGCUCCUGGCCCUGCCCGAGUACCGGCUCAGUGAUGUCAUGAGGGAAUCCCUCCUGCUGGAUCACCUUGCACCUGUCCUCACUGAACCUCAUCUCUUAGCUUUGGACAGACGGUUGUGGCUCAUCCUGAAGACAGUGGGGAAAUGCAUAGACGUACAUGGAGAAGACAAAGUUGUGGCCAAUGACACCAAGCAGCUAGAAGUGCCCUUGUUUGACAGAGUGAUGCCAACCAGCUAGAGCCUUAAAUUCUUUGGCGGGGGGGGGCAGGGAAGAGCCCCUGGGAGACAGCCGGUGAACUUUAAUUGCUGAUAAUUUUCACCUACACAAGCCUGUUGGAUUGAGAGGCGAAGCUCUUUGGAAGGGCUUAGAUUCUUACUGGGCUUUUAUGGUGACUGUGCCCAGCAAGACUGUUCCACUCAAGCUUCAGUGCAUGGGGUAAACUUUUGCCAACUACAUUUGCAGGCCAGGGCCUGACCACUAGACUCAUUCCAUGAGCUGCUGUCCCUCAGUGGAGCAGCACAGACUCAUCAUCUGCUCUGUAGCUGCAGGGGAAGAGCCUGGGCAUUGGCUUGCUGUACCUGCAUGGGAGCCACAUCCUGUCCUUGACACCCCAAAACUGGAUCCAAGAAUGAGGCUUGAAUAAAGCCAUGCUGAAAGGAAAACGUGCUUAGCACGGCCAGGUUCUGUGAGAGGGUUCAUACACUUGAGUAAAAGUGGCCUUCAUCACUGCAAGCUAGGGCAGCAUCUGUCACUUUAAAGUCAAGAAGGCACAUGGGGCCAGCUCAGCACCACCUGUCUACUAUUCAUGCAAUCAGAAACACCUCCAUCAGCCUUGGGUAAAAUGACAAGCAGCUCCAGGUGAGCUGUGUGUCACAAGGCCUACACCACAGAGCCAAAUAUUUGAGUUUUUCAGCCGGUGUUAUGGGGGGGGGGAGGGAGGAAGAGGAAUUAUGCUGUGGGUUGUAAAGGAGAGGCAAUUUAACAUUCAUAGUAUUUAGGCCCCAGCAGUGCAGCUCUGCAAAAGAUAAAGAGCUUGACAGAGAUACAGCACUGUUACAUCCACUCAGCCAAAAGCAUGACUGCCUUGAGAACUGGGAUGCUAAUAGGCAAGGGGCUCUCUCUCAGGUUAAUGUAGCCACAGAAUAACAGCUUUAAAAACCAAAACCAAUAUUUAUUUAAGCAAUUGUUAAGCAGUUCAUCAGAACACAGUGGAAGCUUGCAACAGAUUCAUCCUUCAUUCUCUCUAGCACCUCUGCAACAAAACAUGCCAGUUCCUCAAAAGGCCUUAGAUAAGCUGUCCUCUUCCCCUUGCCUCCCUAGGAUGAGGCUUAAGAAUAGUUUGCUAAUUGAAUCUUUACCAACUGGUUCCAUUUUUUAAGUGUUCAGAAUGAUGGAGCUGAGCUUUUUGGUAACCUAAUGGAAGCAGUUGAGAACUUGUGUUAUUUUCCAGUGAUUUGUGCCAAAUUAUCAACACCACUGUAUUCUGCGGUGUGCUUGACAGAACAUUUGACACCUGUCAGCUGAGAAUUUGACUCAGAUUGCAUUUGAUGCAUUAAGCCUUUACAAACAAGACACAUGGAUUUCAACUAGAGUUCUUAACCAUCUUUGAGCAAGCUGCCUCAGCAUUAGUUUUGUUGCUAGUUGAAAUUUGCUAUUUUAAGUCAGUGAGUUUUCAGUCAUGAUAACAGGUGCAAAAUGAAGAUUAACCUCAACUCUAGCUUAAUCAAGUCUGUCCCCAUCCCACAUACCACCCUCCCCAUGGGACUGUACUUUAAACUUCCCCAACUCCAGAAUGAUUUUUAAAUUGGCUGUACAUCAACAUACUAUAACAGGUUCACAGCAGACUGCAAUUAUCAGUUGGAGUAAUCAGAGUUGUGUUUUGGCAAUGCUAACAUCUUCUCAGUGAUUCUGUGGCAAUUGUUAGUGGUAAAUCUUUGCUAACCCAGAGUGGGGAAGCAAGACAGAUCCCCAGUUUUUCCUGUCUGAGGAAGUUUGAUUUGUUGUGUCUUUUAUUAAAGCUUCCUCCAAUAUUUUAAUGUAAUAAAGAUAAGAAACCAAAGAAUA